GAGAGAGAGAGAGAGAGAGAGAGAGAGAGAGAGAGAGAGAGAGAGAGAACAAAAUAGACUGGUAGACAAGUGCCUCCAGUGUAUGCUUUGUGAAAAUUAUCUUAAAGUCGUUUACGCGUAUAAUACUCGGGUGCUGCUGCUCCUUCGAUCGCGCAUAUCUCCACUUCUUUCUCCUUUUAUUUCUCAUUCUUCUUUUCUCCUUUCUUCUUCUCCCUAUUCCUCGUUCUCCAAAUUUCAUUGUUAGUGCUAGUGCCGCUGCUUUUGUCGCAAACCAGAGGAAACAAGCGCGCAUUCAAUCUCUGUACUACUAUAUGCGCCGUCAUUGUAGUAUAGUCAUCUUCGUCGUCCUAUUCGUUGAUCCUCAUCGUGGAAGGCAUUUACGGGAGAAGAAGAGUACAUAAAAUCGGUGCAAAUCGACAUUUACUUCCUUCGAUGGGAUCCUCGUGUUACGGGACAUCACCGUCGACGCCUGAUAUCGAUCGGUCCUCUCUCCCUCCUCCUCCUCUUCCUCCUCUUCUUCAUCCUCCAACAGUCCUCCCUGCUCGUUCACCUUUCUCGCCUUCCGCUUUUCGAGUCUAGCGCGCUAGACAUCAGAAUCCUGUUUCCUCGUAGUUUUUCGCAUUAAUUAUCACUCUCAUGAUCCUGGAUAUCUUCUCCGACAUAUCGUUCCUUUGUGGAUGAUCGUUACGUGAAAGACGAUACGACGACCACGACGACGAUCACGACGACGGAUGACGGCGAAUGAUUCUCCUUCGAGACAUAUUUUCUUGUAUGAAAUCAAAGGGAGUUGUCGUUCAUUUCACCAUUUUUCAUUGAAGAGAAACGCGUUCGCGCCAAUCUUUAUUGCACAACGAUGUUAGCAGUCGAUACGUGCAUCGACCAAUUCAUCGUUCCUUUAUGAUUUCGAUCACGUUUAAAUCGAUCGGCCAUUGGAACGUGAAACACCCUUAUUUCCGAUCGUUUAACGGUGAUAUCCUUACGGUCGUUGUUCGAAUAAACGAGCUAUUAUGCGAUCAACGUUAAGAAAAAGUGUAGGGAUGGUAGACGUCAAAUGUUUCUCUAUCAAGUCAUUUUCCCGCAUAAGUUUUUCAAAUUGGCCUCAGUGUGGUGGUGGAACGCGUUUAGAAAAGGCUAGAUACGUGUCACGUGACAGGGAGAUAGAGAAACGUAAGUGGCGCUGUAGAUAGGUAGACGUCUCUAAUCGCGGGAUCCUUCAAUUUUCGCGCUUUUUCGGGGAGGAACGGUGAAAGAAAUUAAACGCGUUAAAAUAACAUUGUUAAACAGUAAUUUUCUUAUCGGACGAAAAAAAUAAUUGUGCGAAGGAAACAUUCCGUCGUCGUUGUUCGUCAAACGUCCAUCUCGGAGCCUCGUCGAAAAAAAGAAAAAGAAAAAAAAAGCAUAUUUCUCAGAUCUCUCCAAUUUCUUACUUAAAAGGAUAUCGCGCGACGAUGGGAGAAAGAUAUUAGCACCUAAUAAAUCAAUCGGAUUGCGUUUAAAGACCGAUCAAAGGAUAUGUAAAAGGGAAGGGAGAAAAAUAAGGGGGACCUCUUAGAGUGGUGGUUCAGCGUGCGCUUAAAAAUGCGCGUCUCUCGUCUGUUUUGCGAUUGCAAGACAAGUUGGGAAGGAAACGAAGAGAAAGUGGUUCGUGAUACCUAGCGCGACGUAGGGCGCGCGACGUCCUUGGAGAGAUUCAUGCCUUGCGGAAGCUGCAAUGAUACGGACGGACGAAGAGGAGGGUCCAAAACGGGAGAAGAAGAAUGUAAAAGGCGAGCCGGACAUCGUCUCCUCGGCACCUCCUACGUGCCACGAAGACGAAGAGGUAAAAGAGUGUGACGAGACCGAUGUUACGGAAGGAAAAAGAACAACGACGACGACGACGACGACGACGACGACGACGACGACGACGACGACGGCGACUGCGACGGCGACAACGACGGCGACGAAAACGACGGCGGUGGCAGCGGCAACGGUGACUGUAACGGCAACGACAACGACGGUGACUGUAACGGCAGCAGCAACGACAGCGGCGGCGACGGUAACGGUGACAGUGACAACAACAACAACAACAACAACGACGACGACGACGACGACGAGGACGACGACGACGACGACGACGACCACAACCACGACGGCGGCGGCAGCGGCAGCGGCGGCGAAAGAAGCAGCCAUGUGCGCUGUGGACAUUUGCAUUCAAGAUGGAAACGAGAGCCGUAAGAAGAAGCGAAAACGGCGAAAAAUGCGCAACAAGCCACAACUGCAAGAGCAACAAGACGUAUCGAUUCACGCAGUAUUGAAUCUUCCAUCGUCGUCCGAAGAAGUUGUUGAGGCAGUCGACGAAUGCUCCAAAAGAGAUUCGUCGAGCAGUCUUGGUGGUACCAGCAGGCACAAUACCUUCAGGGAAUCAUUGCUUACGGUACUGGGCAAGCUGGUCAUAUGGAAGGGCAGCAGGUAUCGUUCCACAACUGCUGCUUCGUCCUCUUCCAGUGUGCCUCCGAAUUCACCACCUGCCACAGAAUGUAUCGGUCGUAGCACAUCUUUUUUUUCUAGCGAAACAGAGAGGCGCAUCCGCGCCAAUAAUCGCGAAUACAAUUCACAGUUUAAUUAUGCGAACAACUACAUAAAAACGUCCAAGUAUUCGGUUCUGACGUUCCUACCAUUGAAUUUGUUCGAGCAAUUUCAGCGGCUCGCCAACUUUUACUUCCUAUGCCUGCUGGUGCUUCAAAUGAUACCCGCCAUAUCCUCUUUGACUCCCAUUACGACAGCUAUACCGCUCAUAGGGGUACUUAUGCUCACUGCCGUUAAGGAUGCCUACGACGACUUUCAACGGCAUAGCAGCGAUUCACAAGUUAAUAAUAGAAAGUCACAAACAUUGCGUGGCACUAGCUUACGCGAAGAGAAAUGGUCUCAGGUUCAAGUUGGGGACGUUAUAAGAAUGGAGAAUGAUCACUUUGUCGCGGCGGACGUUCUUCUUUUAUCAACGAGCGAACCUAAUGGUCUUUGUUACAUCGAAACGGCAGAAUUGGAUGGGGAGACUAAUUUAAAAUGCCGGCAAUGCUUGACUGAGACUGCCGAAAUGAUGGACAACCACGAAUCAAUUGGUCAAUUCGACGGUGAAAUCGUUUGCGAAACGCCUAACAAUUUGUUGAAUAAGUUUGAUGGCACGUUAACGUGGAGAGGACGGAAAUACGCGUUGGAUAACGACAAAAUCAUAUUACGAGGUUGUGUACUAAGAAAUACACAAUGGUGCUACGGCGUGGUCAUCUUUGCGGGCAAGGAUACCAAAUUAAUGCAAAACUCAGGGAAGACCAAAUUUAAGAGGACCUCUAUAGAUAGGCUGCUGAAUCUUCUGAUUAUUGGAAUAGUGUUUUUCUUGCUUUCUAUGUGUUUGUUUUGCAUGAUCGGUUGUGGUAUUUGGGAGAGCCUCGUGGGUCGAUAUUUUCAAGUGUAUUUACCUUGGGACUCGUUAGUGCCUAGCGAACCUUUAGGAGGUGCCACAGUGAUCGCUCUCCUCGUAUUCUUUUCAUAUGCUAUUGUAUUGAACACAGUGGUGCCAAUCAGUUUAUAUGUGAGUGUCGAAGUGAUCAGAUUCGUGCAGUCGUUUCUGAUCAAUUGGGACGAAGAAAUGUACUACGCGCCUACGAAUACACAUGCCAAGGCUAGGACUACUACGUUAAACGAAGAAUUGGGUCAGAUAGAAUACAUCUUUUCUGACAAAACUGGAACAUUAACGCAAAAUAUAAUGACUUUUAAUAAGUGUUCUGUAGCUGGUAAAUGUUACGGUGACACUGUAGACGAAGUUACUGGAGAAGUCGUCGAUUUAAGCGAGACGGACAAAGCUGCACAAACUCCAACAAUGCGAUGGAAGAGCGGACAGGAAUUUGUUCGUCAAGUUUAUACUCCGCUUAGCGGUCCAAACGUCCGUCUUCUGGAGCAAGCUGACAGAAUGUCCAGUACAACACCAGAACCAGGAAUCAGUGCCAGCCCAAAGCUUCAACACAAACAUUCAAUGAUGCCACCCCUGGAUUUUUCAUUUAACAAGGAUUACGAGCCUGAAUUUAAAUUCUACGAUCCUGCGCUUUUGGAAGCUGUCAAGCAAGGGAAUGAAGAUGUUCACAGUUUCUUUCGCUUAUUAGCAUUAUGCCACACCGUUAUGCCAGAAGAGAAACACGGAAAGCUCGAGUAUCAAGCACAGUCGCCGGACGAGGCAGCGCUCGUUUCAGCAGCUAGAAAUUUUGGUUUUGUCUUUAAAGAAAGAUCUCCUAAUAGCAUAACGAUCGAAGUAAUGGGAAAGCGUGAAGUAUAUGAGCUACUGUGUAUUCUAGACUUUAAUAAUGUCAGAAAAAGAAUGUCUGUAAUAUUGAGAAAGGAUGGACAUCUUAGGUUGUAUUGUAAAGGGGCAGACAAUGUCAUUUACGAACGUUUGAAGAAAGAUAGCGAUGAAAUUAUGUCAAAGACUUUGGAUCAUCUCAAUAAAUUUGCAGGCGAAGGUUUGAGAACAUUGUGCCUUUCAGUGAGAGAUUUAGAUGAAAGCUUCUUUAAUAAUUGGAAACAACGUCAUCAAGAAGCGGCACUCAGCCAUGAGAAUAGAGAUGACAAAUUGGACGCCAUAUACGAAGAGAUAGAAAAAGAUAUGACGUUAUUAGGUGCUACUGCCAUUGAGGAUAAAUUACAAGAUGGUGUACCCCAAACCAUCGCGAAUUUAGGACUCGCUGGCAUAAAAGUGUGGGUAUUAACAGGUGAUAAACAAGAAACGGCCAUCAACAUCGGUUAUUCGUGUCAACUGUUAACAGACGAUCUUACCGAUGUCUUUGUAGUAGAUGCUACUACUUAUGAUGGGGUUGAAACUCAAUUGACACGAUAUUUGGAAACCAUCAAGACAGCCUCCAGCCAUCAGAAUCGGCCAACUCUCUCCAUUGUCACAUUCAGGUGGGACAAGGAAAGCAGUGAUACGGAAUAUAAUCCGAGUAGAGACGAGCAGGAUGAGCAUGAAAUGGAGCAAGCUAUGGGUUUUGCAGUGGUUAUCAAUGGACAUUCCUUAGUGCACGCAUUGCAUCCGCAACUUGAUCAACUUUUUCUGGAAGUAUCAAGCCAAUGUAAAUCUGUGAUAUGUUGUCGUGUAACACCUUUACAAAAAGCGAUGGUCGUUGAAUUGAUAAAGAAAAAUAAAAAUGCGGUUACUCUGGCGAUCGGAGAUGGAGCUAAUGACGUUUCGAUGAUAAAGACGGCUCAUAUUGGCGUUGGUAUCAGUGGACAAGAAGGACUGCAAGCUGUACUAGCCUCUGAUUAUUCUAUAGGGCAAUUUAGGUUCUUAGAAAGAUUAUUACUCGUACACGGCAGGUGGUCGUAUUAUAGAAUGAGCAAGUUCCUUAGAUACUUCUUUUAUAAAAAUUUUGCAUUCACUCUCUGCCAUAUCUGGUUCGCCUUCUUCUGUGGAUUCAGUGCACAGACAGUGUUUGAUCCAAUGUACAUUUCUGUCUAUAAUCUAUUUUAUACGUCGCUACCAGUUUUGGCAGUUGGCAUAUUUGAUCAAGAUGUUAAUGAUAAAAAUAGCCUAAUGUAUCCAAAGUUAUAUGCACCUGGACUUCAAAAUCUUCUCUUUAAUAAAAAAGAAUUUUGUUGGAGUGCUCUACAUGGUUUUUUUGCUAGUUGCGUAUUAUUUUUAGUACCCUAUGGAACAUACAAGGAUGGAGUAUCACCGAAGGGCUAUGUACUUUCAGACCAUAUGCUGCUGGGCAGUGUUGUAGCUACAAUAUUAGUUAUAGUUGUAACAGUUCAAAUCGCUCUUGACACAUCAUAUUGGACAAUUGUUAAUCAUAUUAUGGUGUGGGGCUCGUUGAUAUGGUAUUUUAUUUUAGAUUACUUUUAUAACUUCGUCAUAGGAGGUAGUUACGCCGGCAGUCUUACAAUGGCUAUGUCAGAAGCAACAUUUUGGUUCACAACAGUUAUAACAUGUAUAAUACUAGUGAUACCAGUUCUUUCAUGGAGGUUCUUCUUUAUGGAUGUGCGGCCAACACUCUCAGAUAGAGUAAGAUUGAAACAAAGAUUAGCGCAAUUGCGUUCUCGUCAGAGUCAGGACAUUUUGCGUACUCCAUCUACGAGACGCACGCGACGAUCUCUGCGCUCAGGCUACGCAUUUGCUCAUCAAGAAGGUUUUGGACGACUUAUUACAUCUGGAAAAAUCAUGCGCAAAUUACCCAAUGGUGCAGAUUUUAAGUUCGCUAUGCCAUUUACCAAUAAUGUUACUAAACAAGUUAAUGUUGCUACUACGUCGCCAAAGGAGAAUGCAUCUCGGAAUUCGCACACAUUGGAUGCUAUCACUCUGUGAAGCUUUACGUUAAUCACAGUGUUGCACACUCGGCCUAUAUUAAAAUUGCAGUCUUUUAGCAAGAGGAGCACCAUCUAUAGUCUCCAGUAAUUUACGCUUUAAACUGGUCUUUUCCUCGGGUUGAUGUUUUAUUGUUGUCGGAAGAGGUAAUCGAGAACCAGGCGUCGGAGAUGGUUUAUUGCUAAAGUAUGGCAUUUGCAAAGCUUGAUCGCAUGUACAUCUCUCUAAUGGAUUAACAUUUAAUAAACUGGCUAUUAAAUCUAAUAGAUCAUCGCCUGCAGCGGUAAAUAUAUGUUUUAAUGGCGUUCCUGGGAAUGGCUUAAACUGAAUAAAAUCAGAUAAUUCCGUCAUGCCUGGCCAUGUUUCUUCAGUUGGUGUACCUAACGUCUGUAAAGUAUAAUAAUUUACAUUGUCGUUAUUUAUAUAAAAUAAUAAAAGUAUUAUUAUAUAAUAAAAUGAUAAAAUCCGUUUAGAUGCGUUUAGAGAAAAUACCUGAAAUAUCCUAGUAAGUUGAUCCAGAUCUGAUUCUCCAGGUAAAAAGGGUGCGCGUAAUAAUAAUUCCGCUAAUAUACAACCAACUGCCCACAUAUCUAUACCAGUUCCAUAAAGUCUUGCACCAUAAAGUAAUUCAGGGGCUCUGUACCAUCUAGUUACCACCUGAUGAGUGUUUAUUCUAUUCGGAGAACCAAAAAAUUUGGCUAAUCCAAAAUCGCCUAUUUUCAAUACCCCUUCAGAGGUAACCAAUAAAUUAUUUGGUUUCAAAUCUCUAUGGAGUAUCCAAUUAAAGUGCAAAUAAUCUAAACCUUGGAGAGUUUGAAUCAUGUAUGCUUUUAUAUGUCCAGCAGUCAGGACUAUAUUGCUGUCUUUGAUUAUUACUUCUAAGUCCGUAUCCAUAAAAUCAAAUACCAAUGAAACAUUGGACUUAUGGCCAAAGACAUCUAAAAUAGCAGAUACAAUAGUAUAUAUAUUAUACAAAUAUCUUUCUUUUUUUUCGUAUCUUAACUAUGUAAAAAUAAUCUACCUAAUAAUCCAAUGACGUUAUCAUGUUUCAAUUCUUGUAAAAGCUUAAUUUCUCUCAAAGCAGUUCUAUUUAUACCGUCUCUAGCUUCUGCACGGCUACCGACUUUUAUCUGAAGAGGUUAAGACAUGAUAUGUUCAUUUAAAUAUUGAAUUUUUCUUUCUUUCUUUUUUUUUUUUUUUUUUUUUUUUUUUUUUUUUUUUCAUAAAACAACAAUAAUAUAAAAUAUUUCCUUUUAGACCUUUUUAACGGCAACAAUUUUUCCUGUUUUUACAUCCUUUGCUUUGUAAACAGUGGCAAACUGAAAAUGUAGUUAAUAUAUAACAUUUGACGUAUAAUAUUAUGCGAGGGAUAUAAAAUAAUUAACGUUUCUGACCUGUCCUUCUCCUAGAAAAUCGAUUUUUUCAUAUCUCCGUAAUUUUUCAGUCAUUGCUAUAAUACACUAAAGUAACUUUUACUUUCGUCAGCAUUGUCUGACACUCAAACUUUGCGUUUUGCCAAACUCUCAUGAGAUUUAAAUACUUUAAGUUUUAGGAGUAUUUUUUAUAAUAUUGAUAGAUGGCUAUAGUGUCACUGCGAAUUGAAUGCUCUCUCUCUCUCUCUCUCUCUCUCUCUCUACUUUAUUUGAUGUAACGUUCCAUGCGACGAUAAUGUAAACGGCAAUUCGAGCAGAUCAUUUUAAUUAACGAAAUUUCAACAUAAUUAAUAUUAAUUUAACAAUAACGAUACAAUAUUCGUUAAGAAAUAACGUUUUAAAUAAAGAAAGUGAAGUAUAAAAAAAAAAAAAAAAAAAAAAAAAAGAACACCUAUUUCUUCGUUCGUUUCACCGCGGCCGAACGAUCGCAGCGCUACUCUCGUAAACUACACUCACUCCUAAUUGGCCUUUAUAUGUUCGAUAUGUUCGAUAGCGAUCGCUCAUUGGCUGGCCCAUUAUCUCUCGAAAGUACUGACUUCACUCAUAUUGAUAGUAACUAGAUUGUGGAAUCGUCACAGUUCUUUAGAACUAAAAUACCGGCUAUAGAAAUAUAAAUUUUAAGACGCGUCGUAGUAGAUAGACACAUGGUAAAAGAAAAAGAAGUUGCUUGUAUUCGUAUCGCUAGCAAAAUGGCUGAGGUAAAGUCACGUAGGGUUGCUCAAGCAGAAGAUUUAUCAAAUGUGGAGUUUGAAACAAGUGAAGAUGUUGAAGUUAUUCCUACGUUUGAUAA